UCACCUUCAAGAGACUCGCGCUGUGUUUUGUUUUGGUCGGUAGUGACUUAGCCGUCAGUUCCGAUGUGAUUUAUCCAACGGUCGACAAGUUAAAAUAAGAAAAAUGUCGACGCCGGACGACUUCACGCGCUUCCCGCUCAAAGUGUGGGAGAAGCUGGUGCUGCCGAAGGUGAAGAAAGCCGUGGUCUUCAUGGACGACGCGUGUGCGGAGGCGCUCCACUGGUGCGGAGGCGCCGCGCGCCUGCUGGACGCGGGCGCGCGCGACUUCAAGGAGUUCUCCAGCUUCGAAGCCGGCGGGGCGAACGAGCCGAAAGCCGUGUUCGUGGUGAGCGCGUUGCUGAAGGGCAGGACGGUCGACGUCAUCAGAGACAUCGUGUCCGGCAGCCACUUCCAGUACUGCGUGGUCUUCACCGCGCGCGCGCACUCGGUGCACCUGUGCGCGAACAGCGUCGCGGCGGAGACGGACGGAAGCCCCGUGUUCGAGCAGUUCGAGGAGAAGCUGUGCGAGUGGAUGGGCGACAUGAACUACACGGCGGAGGUCGCGCACGCGCCGAUGCUCUUCGCGCCGGUGUCGCGGCAGCAGCCGCAGCUCCUCCUCCUGCCCGCGUUCGCGCACCUGUUCCCUUUGCUCGCGCGCGACCUGGAGGUCGUCAACGCGGGACGACCGGAGAAGAAGAAGUUCGCCAGCCUGGUCGACGUGGACGUCCACGCGCUCCCGAUGGAGCUGCAGCUGGAAGUCAAGUCCUUGGCUUCCGCGUUGAAUUCCCUGUUCGAGGCCACCGGCACCCGCGAGGAGAGCUUCGCCGUGGGGCCCAUGAGCCGCAUCAUCGCGGGGGAGCUGGCCGCACACCCGCAGGCGAAGAACCGGAGGAAGACCGCCCCGAAUAAGGCGUCCAUCAUCUUUGUGGACCGAACAAUGGAUCUCACAGGAGCGGUUGGUCACCACGGAGACAACCUGGUGGAGAAGAUUCUGACCGUGCUCCGGCCUCUACCUGGUCAUGUGACCGAUGUACAGGUGGACAUGCUGGAGCUCACGGGUCUACAGCCAACCCCUCACGCACAGACCACGCUGGCCCCCGGCUGCCUCGCACAGACCCAGUCGGCGGCGGCGCGGUUGCUAUGGGAGACGAUGCUGACCAGUAAGCACAAGGAGGCCGUGAUGGAGGUCAGGCGGGCGCUGGUGGAGACGGCCAGCAAGGAGGAGCUGCCCAUCAAGAUGAGCAUGGGCCGGGUGACCCCUGAGCAGCUGUGCUCCUACGUGCAGUUGUUCCGCAGCAGCCAGGGGGCGCUAGAGAGUCACUGCGGGGUGCUGCAGCUGGUUCUGGCCACGGCCCAGACCCUCCGCCACCCGGGCCUGCCCCGCCUGGACGCCUGCCUGGCCUUCGAGAGGCUGCUGCUGCAGGCUCUGGGGGACUCUGACUUCCCCUCGGUGCUGAGGCAGCUGCUGCCCCUGAUGAAGCCCCGUGGCGGCGAGGAAGAGGAAGAGGAGGGCAGCGCGGCGCCCUCCAGGUCCGGGGAGGACGAGUGUGGGCCGGACGAGCUGAUCCUCCUGCUGGUCUACCUGUACUCCCUGGCUGAGGAGGCGCAGCCCGCGGGGGAGGAGGAGGAGGAGGAGCUAGAGAAGCUGGAGAGGGAGCUGAUUGGAGCGCUCACGCUGGUCGUCACCCGGGAGGCGGAGCUUAGCCCCCUGCUGCAGAAACUCACCGGUUGUGCGAGCCCCGAGGAGCUGACCAUGGAGCGCGCCCAUUCGGCCGUGGGCGACAUGUUCGAGACGCUCCGAGGUUUGAGCCGCACCAGAGAACACCUGAAGCAGCUCCGCUCCGUCUACACGGCCAGCGACGGAGUUCACCAGGCCUCGUACCGGCCGUUCCUGAGGCAGAUCCUGGAGGAGGUGUUCCACCCCGACCGGCCCGACUGCCCCGACAUCGAGCACACGUCUGGAGGCCUCGCCGACCUGCUGAAGACCGGCUUCAGCAUGUUCAUGAAGGUGAGUCGUCCUCAUCCCGGCGACAGCCCGUUGCUCCUCCUCUUCCUGGUGGGCGGAGUCACGCCUUCAGAGCUGCGUCUCGUCAGAGAGGUUGUCGCCACGCACAGACCGGGCGCUCAGGUGCUGGUGCUGUCCACCAGACUCCUGCGGCCCGCCGACGUACCCGAGCUGCUGUUCGCGGUCCGGAGGCUGCAGCCGGGCGCCGCCUGAAGGAACGCCGUCUAGCUAACGGCGCACGUGGACGAGAGGCAGCGAGGGGGGAGGGAGGGGGGGGGGCGACACAUGCGGCGCCUCGCCGGGCACCGGGCCGAGAAGAAUCAUCUCCAUCCUGCUGGCGUCGUGUUCGAUGCCACGAGAUUCAUGAGGAGAAUAAACUGAACUGUCAGAAAGAAAAGUGUGUGUAUGUGUGUGUGUCUGUGUAUGUGUGUGUCUGUGUGUGUGUGUGAGAUGUGUUUAUUUACAAGCCAGAACUUCUAUUAUCCAAACCAGUCACACACACACUCAGGUGCUCUUCAGUGUUUCUCGUCUGAUUUCUCAGAUUUAUAAUCAUAAACUAAAAUGAACCUGAAGUUUCAUUCUUGAUAAACGUC